CCUCACAUAGAAGUGGGGUUGUUAAUCAUGGACGCCGUGUUUAGGAUCACCGACGUCCGACUAAUACCUGAACGUUUGUGAAUUCAUUGAAUGUGUAGAAACGGAUUUAACAGUAUUAUUAUUUUGGGAAGCGCUGAUAGCUCCUUUAAUAUUUGACUCAUGAAUCGAGUUUGGAUUAACCUGUUUUGUGCGCUAUGCGCGCUUGUCUCAGUUGUAUAUCAGGUGGAGGCAAUGGAGGUGUUUACAUCCUCAGAUGUGGAAGCAGUCAACGGAACAAAUGUACGGCUAAAAUGUACAUUUAAAUCUACCCAGCCGUUGUCAGAAAAUAAAGUCAGUGUAUCUUGGAGCUUCCAGGCCCUUGGAAAGACAUCAGCAGAAUCGAUUUUUCACCACCAGGAAAAAGCGUAUCCCCCAACAGGUGGCCUGUUUAAAGAUCGUGUUGUAUGGUCUGGUGAUGUAAUGAAGGGUGACGCUUCCAUCACGCUACAGAAUGUGCAGUUCACAUUCAACGGAACAUUCAGCUGUCUAGUCCGAAAUCCACCCGAUAUCCAAGGCAUUGCAGGCCAGAUCAAUUUCAAAGUUGUCCAAAAAGUAACAUUUUCUGAAAUUGGAAUUUUGGCAAUAGCCGUGGGUGGAUCCAUUGGUAUUAUUCUCCUCAUCCUUACCAUCUAUGUCUGUGUGCGGUUGUUCAGAAGAAAGGACAAUGACAUGACCUUUGAGAUGGAUCAAAAGGACCAAGUGUUGUAAGAGAUGCCUGACUCAAGGUUUUAAUGAAUUUUUAAUAUUAGUGUGGCGUGUCUGGACUAACAUGUCUUUGACUACAUGAAACUAGAUUUUAAUGUUUCCAGUAAAUUUUAUAUCAAUGUUUUUGUAGAUAAAAUUUCUGUUAUGAUUUUCUUAACUGUUUUUUUACAUUUUUACUUGCUUAACAUUUAGAUAUAAGAUAAUAAAAAGCUUUUAUGUAUAUUGAAGAGAUUAGUAUUCAAGAGGGUUUAUAUACUGACUCUAUGGAAGGUGUUUGUGACAGCAUGUAAAUAUCAAUGUAAGGAUUUCAAAAAGUAAUAUCAAAUGCUGGUUGCAGCACAUUGUUGUGAUGUUAUUUUUUAUAUAAACCAUGCCCCAUCCAUAACACUGGACUGACAAUAUGCAUAGCUUAAGUAUGGAUAUUUUUUCACUUUUCAUUCUGUAUUAGUCAAUCUCAGUUAUUUUUACUUUGACACAUGUAUGGGAUUUCCAUAUAGCUAUAGUGUGAAUUAAGAAAAAUUUGCCCCUUUUUUGAAACAUUUAUUAGAAUGCAUGCUAAAUACACACUAUAUGCUUAGUGGUACAUGCGUUUUGUGUGGGUAUGUUUCUGUGAAUGGUGAAAUCAAAUAGAUCAUACAUUUAGAUACACUUCAUUUCUAGAUCUCUUGUGCAAUAUUUCAAGUUGUAAACUCUAACAAUACAUGACAAGCAGAUAUUUAAUCAGUGAAAUUUAUCUUCAUAAUGUGUAUGUAUGCCCUAUUAAAGUAUUUCAUGUCAUUCCA